UACAUAAUUUCUCGGACAGACCACGACUUUAUAUAAAGGGAAAGUUACUACGAGCAGGGUACGCUCAUAUUCUCAAACACUCGGAAUCUCCUGCAACAACAAGGCAACGGCUUGAUCUCCUUCAUCUUUAGUUUAAGCUAGAGAGCAAAACCCUGUACUGUACAAGGUUUCAUCGCUGGAAAAAGAGCGAAAAUAAGAUCACUUUCGUCGCCAGCGAAGAACAUGACGGAGCCCGCGGCCGGUGGGUGUUGCCGGUGCUGUUGCAGCUUCAUAUUCACUCUCGGCCUUACAUCUCUCUUCAUGUGGCUAAGUCUACGAACCAAUGACCCCAAAUGCUCCGUCCAAAAGUUUUAUCUCCCAGCCCUCAACAAAACCCUGAAUACUGCGAAAAACAACACUCUAAUCUUUAUGGUCAGGCUGGACAACAGCAACAAGGACAAGGGGGUUUAUUACGACGACGUGAACCUCACUUUUUACGACAGUCCCAACAAGUCGCAGCCGCACCUCAUAGGGAAUUAUACCAUUCCUAGGUUCUACCAGGGGCACCAGAAGAAGGCCAAGAAGGACGGGCAUACGGCGGUCAACAUGACACUUGUUUCCCGGGUAGUUGCCCCUAAUGGGACGGCUGAAUUCUGGGUGGAUUUGGCAACGGCGGUGAGGUUCAAGAUCCUGUGGUGGAAGACCAAGAAGCACAGCCUUAUAAGAUCGGGAAGUGUUUUGGUCGAUGAAACGGGCGCUAAAGGCAAAAAAGGUAUCAAGCUCAGGUCCGGCGCCCCGGAGCGUGGAAACUAUUGUGCGCUGGUGGGAGUUUUGGUUAGUUUGCUGGUCCUUCUGACCUGACUUGCUCAAUUUUCUGAUGUUUCAGAUUAUUUCAAGGUAUUUGAUGUUUCGAUAUUGUAUGGUCAAUUUGUAACUGAUAUCGUUGAUUUCUCUGAAAUGAUUUUUGCCAUUUUGGUAAAUUUUGUUUUGUUUGUGGCUGAUCUCAUUUACAAUCUUUCCAAUGGCAACGAAUAUUAUUUGUAUUAA